GACUCCCGCGCGCGCAGAGUGCAGACCGGUGCUUGCGCGAGUGCACAGGGGCCGCAUCCUUCCGGUGCGGGAAGUGAGAACGCAACACGCGGAAGCGUCGGGAGAGUGGCAAUGUCCGGUUCGUGCUUGGCUUUCUGGACGCCGUCGUCGGCUACCACAAUGUGGCGCGGUUUCUUCCGUCUCCUCCGCUGGACCUUGUUACUGGUAUCGCUCAGCGCAGCCUUGGCAGAUGCCCUGGCCGUUACACCGCCAACGGACUACACAAGAAGCUUGAAGGACAUGGAUAUGGAGGACGCUGCCAUGCCGAAAGACGAGUGGCGAGGCUAUUCGAUGCUCUUCGCUCGGAGGACGUCCUCCCUUUUGAACGAAGCGAGGCACAUGCUCGGGAGAGCCAAGGACAUCCAGGAGCGCCGGUGGCUUCAGGCGUUCGUGCACAGGCUGGCGCAGCUGGCCAUGGACCUUGAGCGAAACACGUUCGAGCCAAGGACGCCCGCUAUGUUUUCUUCGGCACUCGAGUCCGUGCAACCUCAGCAAGAACAAACGGUCCCCACGACGGGUCAAAUCAGCCCGCCUCCAUCCCCAAUAUUUGCACAUGGAACGAGGACGACGACUCCAGGUUCUACGCUAAUUGAGGAGCAUGGCAUGGCCAAGUCCGAAGCCGUCACGAUCCCCAACUUUGUUCCCCAUGACGAUGAUAUCCUGACCUGGCAGCUCCGCGGCCAGCGGCAUCGGCAGAGGUCUUCAGCGACAACAGCACGAUCAAGGCCCGUAGCUGUUCGUGCCACGACGGAGACAUACAGCCUAGAUUCUGGCCGACACGUCUCCCUGCGGCCGACGACGCCAUUAGCUGAUCGAGAUGCACCCAUCGUUUUGAGCAAGGUAAAGGAUCAGGCAGGCUUCGACUCGUCACCAGUGAAAGUCCACAAGACCUUCGAUCAGACGAACGUCGAUGCAUCCGUCAUCGGUUCCGACACGGUCGCUGCUAAAGAGCGAGGCAAGACGACUUCCACGGGGUCGAGCUUCCUGAAACCCAACGCUGCGUUUGUGACGUGGGCCGCCGCCUCUCGAAAGUCGCCCUUAGCCGACGAAAGCAGCUCUACCGCGGAUGAUUUGGUCAGCCAGCUGGAACGGGGAAAGUUUCCGCCCGACCGGUAGUCCGUCAGCUGGCAGCGCCGGAACGGGCCAGGGACAAAAACAAAAAGUGCUGUCACUGAGCUCAACAGUCGGGUCCAACCAGCGCGCGGAUUCGUGGAGCGUCUGCGCUGGAUCGAUUCGACGUCUGACUGGCAUGCUGCUGGUGCGGACUGACAAAAAAAAAAAGCACCAGGAAGCUGUGUAAUUGGAAAUCACAGGUCUCGAAUGCAGCCGCUUUUCCAUCAUCUUUCUUUCUUGCACCCCCAAUUUCCUAUCGCGCACCCUUCCCCCACCUAUAGCGAUAUCUUCGGUGCUAGCACCUCCUGCAGACUGCCGUUCAUGGGCUGUGUGUGAAAUUGAUGACCAGGAUCCAUCGCCCGGCGUUCGCGGCCUGUGUCGGUGCUCCUCCCAGAGGACAGGACUUCCAGACAGCGAACACACCUGCAGGUGCUUUGAUGGCUUCCUCACAGUGCUGCCCCUCAUGGCAUGGACGCUUUCCGUGAAGCUGCCAAAGCUUCUGCUUCGGUGGCUGGUGGCGGUGGUCGCGAGGUUGGAUUGUUGCGGCCGGUACCUUUCAUCCUGAGUGCCGACGUCAGUAUCAUCUGACGACCCGACUUGCCUCAUCCCAGCGCGGCAUCCUGCUUCACCUAACCUGAAGAGUAUGCUCCCGGAUUCCCGAAUGAUGUCUGUGUACCCUUCGCGCGUGUUUGUGCGCCCAGUGUCCGUGCUACGUGCGCCGAAAGCACCUGAUUGAGAAGUAAUGUGCGCUGCAGUAACCCUCAAUUUCUAUUACUUCUUUGCUAUAUUCGGUUCUAAUACGACUCGGAUUAUGCGCUGUUCACCCUCGUCAUCAAUGACUUCAAGAAAGAGACAAAACAAUUGUUUCACAGACUGAUAGCAGAUGCAACUAUGUAAGGCGGUGCCCAACAGUUUGUGACAAACACGUGACCGGUGACAGCGGUAGACUCGGUGCCAUAUGAUGAUGUGAGCCCCAGAAUCUCGCAGUUGCUUGUGCUUUCUUGUGCGUACAAGAGCACUGUAUAUGAUGUGAUCCUCGCUAUUGCUGAUCUUGAGAACUUUGCUGUGGUAUGGUUUUUGAGGCCGCGCUUGAGCAGUGCUACAGCCGAACCCUGCGCGUAGCGGAAACAGCUUUCAAGACAUUUUACUCUCUCUUUGUGAAGACUUGUCUUGUACCGUUUGUCACGUCAUGCGGAUUUCAAGCCGUUCAUUUAAUGUAGUCGCGCGGACAGUGCCUGUCAGUUCUGCUUUGGGUCGGUCUCAUGUUCCGAGUAAGAUAGCGUUACCAAACCUUUGCAAGCGAUGUAGGAAUUACAGUUUAAGCCAUGACUCGCUAGUUUGAAAAGUUGGAGUAGCACGAGUUUUAAGCAAGUGAUCCUUGAUGAAUAAAAACGUCAUAUUGAUGGCAUGUUUCAGUCGUGAAGUAUGGGAUCAGGCUUGUAUGUUUCGCUGUUUGGUCUGCGGCCACCACAAGGCUCUCCUUCAUUUCUUUCAUCGGUUUUCGACGGUAAGAUCUCCUACGCGCUACCGUCUGCAUCUUUUGCGCGUUGUGUAGGUUAAGAAAACCUGUGACAUCCAUUCAUUGGUCAUCUUUUUUUGUAGUACUCAAGUUACCGCAACCAUUGCAUAUUGCAACCAAGAAGAAAGAAACCACAUUUAAAUUUGGCCGUGUGAGCUCAGGGUGAUUCCAGGGUGACUUCAACAAGCACCCCUGAAACCUGCCUAUAACGGUUUUAUGGGAUGCUUGGUAAUGUCACCCUGAAUGCCACUACAUUUUCUUCUUCAGUAAAGUUGCUCAUCGUGACUAACAAGAUAGGUGAAACAAGGCCCUCUUCUGUCUCGAUUAGAAAUAGUUUGAAUUAGCGGUGAGCGUACAUAUAUAUAUAUUCAAAGUUCCGAAUAUGAUUACUUAAGGUGUAAAGUUAAAAUUGUAUUGGAAAAUCAACUAUUCGAUAUUGUCUAAAAUCGAAGCUAAGCAAUAAAUUCCCAAACGCCGACGGUUCAAGUCGGUCUACUCUUCUCUGUUUGUUGAACCAAGUUUUGCAAACUAUCAGAAGUAAAACAAUCCCAAACGAUCAGUACGCGAUACAUAAACGGCAUCGUUAAUGCAAGCUUUGUCAUAGGUUUCACGGCCGAAGCAUCGCACUGGCUAAGACUCGACGGAUUAGAUUAUAUACACGUACAUAAAUGCCGGAGAAUGCGUACGAGGGAAAAGCCGUGGGCGUAGCACAAUUGAUAGUGCAACCCGUGCGGCUCCAACCAGCAGCAAGGUACAGACCCCAGCGCUUAAGCACCCAUUCCUGGGUGCGUCGACGUCGCUUGGCGUAACCACGCGAACGCCCUCGUGCCACUGCUCGAGCGUUCGUCGUAGUCUUCUUCCACAGCUGGCUCUGAUGCCGCUCGUCAUGCCAGUGUUCCCAUACUGCACCUCGCGCUCGUGCCACUGCUCGCGUCUUCAUCGACAUGUUUUUCCACAGCUGGGUCCGAUGCCUGUCAUCAUGCCAGCGUUCCCAGGUCAGUGCCAUAGAGCCUCUCCCUCUGCGAAAACGCUGAUGGCACUGGCCCACUGCUAACCGGUGCGGUGAUUUCGGUCUCAUAUUCUUUGCCUCAGUAUAUCCCGACAUGAAGAAAGUCGCAGUUUCGCACGCGAGGCGAAGCAUCGAUUGCGAUAGCAUAUUAGUGCACAGCUAUACGAAGUAAGGAUAGUAAUUUUUAUCCGCCCUCUAAACUUGUAAACAUAUGCAUACUAACUAGAUUACCAAGCAUACUGUCGCGUACGCACAAGCAAACUUGAACACCUCCCGCUAGAUGGCUGCGGAAACUCGCUGUCAGAACGCGGCAGUGAGGAAACGCGGCAGCAGCAGCGAGCGAAUUUACCUUCGUGCUGCCGCUCUCAUCAACGCAACUAAGCCGCGAAAACACAGCGCAGUGCGGGCUGCGUACCCGUCGCAGAUGCCUUUCAAUAUACAGCGGCCCAGCCGGGCGCGCGCGGCCGCCUGGGUCGCCCGGAGGUUCAGCCGCGAUUGCGGGCUCAGCCUCGCACGCUUUCAUUGGCAAAUACAGCAUACGGCGCGCAGCGGCGAUAUUAUCGCCCUUGGAAUUUAUACGAAACCUCACGGCGACGCGGACGGUGACGGCAUAAUUACGCCUGCGCUAUCCAUAUAAUUGCUAUCUCAAUAAAUUUUGGAAAACGCUUUAGCUUCGCCUUUAGGAGUGCUGUAUAUACAAUAUAUGGCACUAAAGUUCUAUCACUUAAGUUGCUCCUAUGUUACAUUCUUGCGGAAGUUAUUCCUCGGAAUAUUGCGAGUGGCAGCUCACAAACGAAUGUAAUAAAAAAAAGUGACAGAGCAUGUCCUUUAUGUUAGCUCUUCGCAGACUGAAAUAUUAGAAGUGCGAAACAAUAACAGAAGAGCGGCCCACGCAAGAGCCCGUGUUUCGACCAGAAAGCUCGCCUUCGUGCAUAGCGUUGACCGCCAGCGUUUCCUGGUAAACAUUACGGUUACAUAAGGUGCAGUUGCCGGAAAGCGUGAGAAGCAGUCAGCGAGAUCUUUGAAUGCUAUCGCGUUCGACUCUUAAAGGGGAAGCAUAAGCGUCCUCCAAGUUUUCGCUCACGUGACGCCAGAGCCGACUACGGCGCCAACAUCGGAUUUUCUGCUUCAUGGGUCGCUUAACACUGUCGCGUUAAAACACGUAUACAUUUGCGCUUAAAUUUCGCAUAAUUGCCACACGUAAAAAUAAUACCACUAUACUAAGUCAUAGUACGGCGGAUAAUUAUGAAAAACGAUGUGUACUCGUUGACAUCCAAACUGUCCGAGCAUUUUGAACUUCUGACUUGUUGCAUGGUUAGUUCAUUGAGGUCGGUGUUGAUUCAAAAGCGUUUUGUGGUUUACACAUAGAUCAGACCCUUUGGCAUGGUGGAACGAACUGGCCACCCACAUCCGGAUCUGACACAGUAAAGGGUCUACAAUUCGUCAAAUAUAUUGUCAGACACGAAAUUUAACAUCAUAUUUCUUGGUUAUUUAUGUUUGAGCUAUACCACAGAAUGUACUUUGUUACCCAGUGACCAUACGAGAGUUUUACACAUCACUUUCAGCGAUGAAGAACAAAUCAGUGCCCGAGCCUAAUUAAUUCAGGGUAUUACUGCUUCUUCUUUGAAGUGCUUGUGGAUUAUUUAACAGCACUCAUUAAAUUGUUUUUCUUCUUUCUCGA